UAAUUCCAAAGCAUGCUCAUAGUGUCUGGAGAGAAACACGCCAUUUUGUAGCACCUUAAAAAGUAAGGCCGUAAAAAUCCAUUGCCAUCCUCUGCAUCAAGAGGAACAAUGGACUCGCAAUACGGCAUAGCAGUGACGAAUAAGUUCUGUCUUUUUGACGACGAUGAUGAUGUCGAUCCAUAUGAAAUCCUUAAGCAAGAGGAACAGAAGAGAACCGAGGCUUUAGCGAAGGAGAAAGCUGACAAGUCUAAACCAACAAAAAAGUCUAAAAAGACAGCACCACAAACCGAUAACAAGAUUAAACUGACAGAGCAAAACACACAAAAGAAAGAAGAAAAGGUGGUUCCAUCCCAAGCUAGGACCCAGCAAAAUGAAAGGCCCCCAAGGAGUGCAAGACAAAACAGAGAAAACAGAGAACCAAGGGAAGAUAGACGGCCAAGAAGACCUGAAGAAAACUCAUCUAUGACUAACGAACCAAGAGACAAGCCAGAAGGUGGGUUUGGUAACAGGAUGGAAUCGAGAGGAGGAUUUUCCGGACGACCAAGAGGACGAGGUGGUCCUAGGGGUAGAGGGCGGGGUGGCUUUGGUGGAGGAGGAUUUGGUGGAAAACGUGAAUUUGAAAGACACAGUGGAAGUGAUAGAACCAGUGGUGUGAAGGCCAUGGAGAAGAGAGAAGGAAGUGGAGCUCACAACUGGGGAACCUUUAAAGAUGAUCUGGAUGAAGAAGCAAGCAAAGAAAAUGAGGAACCCAAAGAAUCAUGGAACCAAGGAGAAGAUGCAGAAAACCAAGACCCUAAUGAAAGCACAGAAUCAACAGAACAGACCGUUGCAGAAGGUGACAAGACCCCAAAACAACUGACACUUGAUGAAUGGAAAGCCCAGGAAGAGAAAAAGAGAUUAAAGACUGACUUCAAUCUGAGAAAGCCUAAUGAAGGAUCAGAUACAUCCCAGUUGAAGGGUACUGCCUACAAGAAACCAGGAAAUACCAGUGAUGAUGAGGAAGAGGAAGAGGAUGAAGAGGAGGAUGACCACAAGUCGAAGAGUCAAGUUCCAAUUAGGAUUACUUUCAAUGAUUCUCCCAGAAGAGGAGGAAGAGGUGGUAGGAGGCCACGUGGAGGAAGAGGUCCUAGGGGUUCUCUUGGUCGUGGUGACAGAAGAGGAAAUUCUCGGGAUACUGCUCCAAGAUUUGACGAUGAAGCUGACUUUCCAAGUCUGGUCAAAUCUGCUGCAUAGUGCAUCCUAAUAGGAGAAUACUUCCCCAUUUGGACACUUCAAGUGCAAAAUGAUUUCAUUAAAUUCUCAUAAACAACCUGCAUUUCUGAGGAUUAUAAAUAGUGCACCAAAAACUUUAAAAGUGCAUUAUUUUCUUUUAUACUUACAUUGUUUUUGAGAUAUCUAUUGCUUGAUUGACAAAUAUGUUUAAAGUAUGUUGGUUAGUACUUAUUAGUUUAACCAUGUACUUUGUUAAUAGUGCUGCUAAUUUUAAUGGCUGUAGCAAAAGUGAAUUUGACUGAAAGAUGGUAGCAUGGUAGUUUGUAUGUUUUUACUGAAAUUUUCAUGUUCUAUAUAUGAAAAAAAAAAUAUGUAAAUUUAUAAAAUAAUAUUUAAAUUGGAUUCUACAUCAUAUUGGUUUUGUAGACAUUGACUGUUCAAUGGGUACUACAUGAUAUGUAGCCCUGUGUAUAGUUGGUAAUGAAAUCAUGGUUGUCAUUAUAAAGCAUCAUGUUACAUUGAUUAGUUAACCGUCUUUCAAGUUGGAUCACAUUGAACAUGUUUAUCUCCCUUUACCUAAUGUUAUCAUUCCUUUCAGCUGUUAAAUGUUUGAUCUCUUCAGUAAUUUAUUGAUCAUUUGUGUUUCUUGCUAUUGACAGUAUAGUGUUUGAAAGCCUUUCUUAUCAAAAGUUGAUCAGGAAAUUUAGAAAUGAUUUGACACCUGUUAUAUAAACACCUUUCGACAUUAGAACUCAAUGGUCUAUGAUAGAACCUGUUCAGAUAGAUGAAGAAUUGAUUAUGACUAUUUGAAAUCAAACAGAUGAGCAAGUAUAAGUAUUUUUGAGAAAUAAAAAACUAUGAUUACAUCUCAAAAAUUAUGCAGCAGAUUAUUAUACAGACAGUUUGCUGAAUCCUGUCUUGUGUUUUUUUCUAAGUCUUAAAAUUCAUACUUCAUAAGUAUAAAAAAGACGUUUUCUGUGAAGAUGUUACUUAUACAUGUGUUUAAAAGGUUAAGUGCUAAAUGUGUCAAAGGUUAUAAGUUUAAAUAUUGAACAGACUAUAAAAUUUUUAGUAAGGAAGCUUUGGACAUUGUAAUUUUUAAUCUGCCAAUAGUUACCUCUCCAUAUCACCUAUUUAUAAGAUCCUGCUGUGUAAUAUAUUAUCACUUGUAUUUAAAAGGGGAAUAAACCUCUUAUUGACAA